AUGUUGCUGAAAGGUGUGACACUGAGACACGCACGUCUUCAGCUGCACACCUGCGCUGCCCUGUACGACACUAACAUGGCCGAUGAAGAAGCAGCCGAACACGAACUGACCAGAUACAAUAAUGGGGAGAUCAGGAUUGUGCUGGUGGGAAAGACCGGAGCUGGGAAGAGCUCUGCAGGAAACACCAUUCUGGGAAAACAGAUGUUUAAAUCACAUUUCUCCCCUCAGUCUUUGACUGAACACUGUGAUAAAGCCUGUGGUGAGGUAGAUGGACAACAGGUUGCUGUUAUCGACACUCCAGGUCUGUUUGACACCUGUGAAGAUGAAGAGAAAACCAAACAAGAUAUUGUCCAGAGCAUUUCUUAUGCUUCUCCUGGACCUCACAUCUUCCUGAUCGUCAUCCAACUGGGCAGAUUCACAGAGGAAGAGAAGAAGACGGUGCAGAUGAUUCAGACAAUCUUUGGAGAUGAAGCAGACAAAUACAGCAUGGUUCUGUUCACCCAUGGUGACCUGCUCAAAGAGGAACCAAUUGAGGAGCUCUUAAAGGAAAAUAAAGACCUGCAGGAACUCGUGUCCAGAUGUAACAGUCAGUACCACGUCUUCAAUAACGAGCUGGAGGAUCGUUCUCAGGUCAGAGAGCUGCUGAACAAGAUCAGAAACAUAACAGAGAAGAACGGAGGAAGCCACUACACCACUGACAUGUUCCAGGAGGCAGAGAAGUACAACGAUGAGGAGGUCAGGAUUGUGCUGGUGGGGAAGACUGGAGCUGGGAAAAGUGCCUCAGGAAACACUAUUCUGGGAGGCGAAUACUUCAAAUCAAAGUUCUCCUUUAAGUCUUUGACUGAAAAAUGCUCUAAGGUCUUUGGUGAGGUGGACGGACACAAUGUUGCUGUUAUUGACUCUCCAGGUCUGUUUGACACCAAGACAGAUGAAGAUACAACCAAACAACAUAUUGUCCGGAGCAUUUCUUAUGCUUCUCCUGGACCUCACAUCUUCCUGAUUGUCGUCAAACUGGAGAGACACACAAAGGAAAACAAGAAGACGGUGCAGAAGAUUCAGACAAUCUUUGGAGAUGAAGCAGACAAAUACAGCAUGGUUCUGUUCACCCAUGGUGACCUGCUCAAAGGAAAACCCAUUGAGGAGUUCUUAAAGGAAAGUGAAGACCUGCAGGAACUCGUGUCCAGAUGUAACGGUCAGUACCACGUCUUCAAUAACGAGCUGGAGGAUCGUUCUCAGGCCAGAGAGCUGCUGAACAAGAUCAGAAACAUAACAGAGAAGAACGGAGGAAGCCACUACACCACUGACAUGUUCAAGGAGGCAGAGAAGAAGAACAAUGAGGAGAUCAGGAUUGUGCUGGUUGGGAAGACUGGAGCUGGGAAGAGCUCCUCAGGAAACACUAUUCUGGGUAUAAAGAAGUUUAAAUCAAAGUUCUCCUCCAUCUCUUUGACUGAAAAAUGUGAAAAGGUCUGUGGUGAGGUGGAAACAGGUUUGUUUGAUACCAGGAUAGAUGAAGAGAAAACCAAACGAGAUAUUGCCCAGAGCAUUUCUUAUGCUUCUCCUGGACCUCACAUCUUCCUGAUCUUCAUCAAACUGGGCAGAUUCACAGAGGAAGAGAAGAAGACGGUGCAGAAGAUUCAGACAAUCUUUGGAGAUGAAGCAGACAAACACAGCAUGGUUCUCUUCACCCAUGGUGACCUGCUCAAAGGAAAACCCAUUGAGGAGUUCUUAAAGGAAAAUAAAGACCUGCAGGAACUCGUGUCCAGAUGUAACGGUCAGUACCACGUCUUCAAUAAUGAGCUGGAGGAUCGUUCUCAGGCCAGAGAGCUGCUGAACAAGAUCAGAAACAUAACAGAGAAGAACGGAGGAAGCCACUACACCACUGACAUGUUCCAGGAGGCAGAGAAGAAGAUUGAAGAGGAGAAACAAAAAAUCCUGAAAGAGAAUGAAGAGAAAAGGCGCAAAGAGCAGGAGAAGCUGAAGAAGGAAAUAGAGAAGAAGUAUGAUGAAGAAAUGAGGAAGAUGAACGCUGACAUGGAGGAGCAGGAGAAACAACUGAGACAAGCUGCUGAAAGAGAAUCAGAGGAGAAAUGUAGAAAACUACAAAAAAAGCAUGACGACGAAGCUCGACGUGAGGCAGAGCAAAAUGCUGCAAUAGCCAUAACAGCAGGGCUGCUGGCAUGGUUAAUUCCUACAGCUGUUGUAGCAGCGAGUCUUUGCUGUAUUUCAUAAAAAGCUUCCUGACUUUGUGAUGUCAGACUGACAGUAACAAACUCAGUCUUUUUCUGUUUCUGAGUCGCAAUCAAGUCACUGCUUGUUUCACCAGUUGAAUAGUUUUAAUGGAAAGCAGCAGCAAAUCUAGAGCAUCGUAC